UAGUGAGUGCUCCUUUAGUUCCACUAGCUCUACACCUCUGCUCCAGUCAGCUCUUGUUUGUACUCCAUCAGCAGAUUGUUCCGUGCCUAGUAGCGUUGAGGAAAAAAAAGGGAUGGAGUAUUGUCUUGGAUUUCUUUGUGCAAAUGCAAACAGCAUCAACGACACCGAUAUUCCAGUAGAUGACUCAGGGAUAGCGCCAUACACUGAGCCCGAAUCCCUGAGGGCAAUACGUCUGGCCAUGUAUACCAUCGUCUUCCUGGGAUCUCUGAUUGGAAACUCGGUGGUGGUACGUGUGAUCCAGGAACUAAACAAGAUGAUAAAGAGGCCAAUCACGUACUACCUCAUCACGAACCUAGCACUCGCAGAGCUGCUGGGUACUUCGUGUAUGCUUUUCUUCAGGGCUUAUGUUGAGCUGCGUUCGUGGCCGUUCGGUGACGUCAUGUGCCGGAUCCUGAACGCUAUGCUUGUGAUGUCAUACGCUGUCGUACCCGCCACUCUCGCCGCCAUCGCAAUCCUCCGCUACCGCCUUAUAGUCUCCCGACCCAUCCCCCCUUCGUCUGAGAAGCGCACUUUCUUAUUAAUGGCUGCCCUGUGGGGGGUGGGGAUGGGGAUAUGUCUUCCGUCGUUCCUGACCGCGACUGUUGUUCAGAGCCCGCUGGAUGAAGAGACAUACUGGUGUAUUGAGUUGUUCCCCGGCGAUACGUUAGAAGAUUUUCCCUCUCAGAAGCUGAAGAGGUUUUUCCUUGUCAGGUUUAUGUUGAACUUCGCGUGUCCGGGGAUCAUCAUGGUGGCAGCGUACGGAGCCCUCGCCUGCAAACUCCGCCUUCGCGUCUCAACACGCAUGCGCUGUGACAAGUGCAAAACGAAUCUUCGCCCAUUAACGACCACGAGCGUCAUCUACUUGUCCAAGUCCAAGAACACCGAAAACUCACCGACUCCACCAAUCUCUAUGAUAGUCGUGACAUCGCCGUCUUCUGAGGCCCUAGAGCAUGCUGGGAGUAGUUCAAAGUCCACUGAUACAGCGCCUGAACAGAACUCAAUGGAGAGAGAUCUUCUGCGCAUGAUCUAUGCUAUCAUUGUCAUCUAUCUCGUGUGUUAUUUGCCAUAUCAGAUUUUCUUUCUAUUAGAAUACUUCAAGGCUGUCACGCCAAGAUGGCGUUACUUUGACGUCACGCGGGAGUAUUUGUACCUGAUCACGUGUUUCCCAAGUGCGCUUCACCCUUUGUGCUAUGGCACCAUGUGUCCUUUCUACGCCAUGGCAUUCUCACGGCUAAUACUCUGCAAGAAAACCCGCUGACGCACCUGCUGAUCACGGCAUGAAAAUCCGCUGACCCUACACUUUUCUACACCAUGGCCUCCUCGCAGCUCAUGCUCUGCAAGAAAGAACGCUGACCACGGCUGAGCUUUUCAAGAAAAAACCGCUGAGCAGUUGUGAACUUUUUCUUCACUAUGACCUUUUCACGUCGCAUGAAAAAAAAAAGAAGAAGAAUAUACAACAAAAAGCUAUCCGUCAAGAAAUUGUGAGUUGACGUAUUUGCUGGUUCAUUCAAUGUCAAAGCGAACAAUGGUUGCCAGCAAAUACAAGACCCGUGGGUAACUUUUCUAACGAAAUAUAAAAAUUAACGCUACGCUAACUGUAGCCUGCAAGCCAGUCCUUUCGCGUCCCCAGUGCAAAAUAACAAUAUACGCAGUAGGCGCUCGUUAGGUCGGGUUUCCCUCAAGGUCGGGUAAGCACUCGGAGAUAGUUCGGAGAAACCGCAGCCUUCGGCAUUCACGCCUAGUCGCGCCUAAUUUUGGGACUUUACGCAAAAGGAGAGACCUCUGUUAAUAAUUUAUUGCUUGCCUUGCUUCUUGUUUUCAUAAAAAGAUAAAUGUAAAUAGUAUCUAUAAUAACAUGGAAAAAAAGCAAAAUAUAUUGUUUAUAACAUUAAUAGAAAGCUUUAGACCACAACAGGAAUUUUGUUUCAGCCUGUUGAAAUAAGCAUAGUAUUUGAAGAUUCCUUAAUAAGCAAUUCCUUGUACUCGAGUGACUUCACAAGCGCCUCAUUAAAUAUGCGAGCAUGAGGUGGUGGUACUCGGAGAGAAUCAAAGCGUGCGCUUGCACAACGGCGGCCAUGUUGGUUUGUUUGACCACCACUUCAUAAACCGGAAGUUAACGCACAAAAGAAAGUCACGUGACUGAAUACAAGCAAUUACCCACUUUUGUCUGCCAAGGGAGGGGAGGGGGGGUGCACCCUCCUUCUCUAAAAAAUAGCGAUACGCCCCUGGUUGAAAUGGAUUGUUCUCCGAAGAACGUCCGCAACGUUAGUUAUUCAAAACUCCUGUUGUAGUUUUUUUUGUUUGUUUGAUAUAUACGACUUCCCGGUCUUCUGAAGAUACCCAGAAAAACCAGCUAUUUAGUGUGCUUUGCCUUAUUGUUUUAUAAAGAAAAGUUAGCUUAAACUUGAUAUAGUUUUAUAACAUAAAUAUAUAAAUAUAAAUAUUAUAUAGUAUAUAAUGUAGAAUAAUGUUUCUUUUUGCAGGAAAAUUCACUACCAUGCAUAUUUAACAAUAUUUCUAAUCAGAUAAUAUUUGCAUUUUAAUGAGCUUAUAACCAUUUGGUUAUACGAUGUUUGAGAAGUGCAAAGUUCUUGGGCGCCAGAUGUCAACAUAAAUAGUCUGGUUUAACUUGUGCUUUUUAGUAGGCAAGCAUUGCAAUUGUAUGACAUCAAAUAUGAAAUGAUUAAUCGAAACCUUGGAUUAUAAUCUUAGUCUGAAACCAUA